CACGCUCCUCCCUCCCUGCAGCUGCUGGGCUGGCAAACAUUACUGCCCUCAGUGCCGUAACUGUUUCCUUCUCCUUCCCGCAAUUUCUGCUGCGACGUCCUGGAUCUCCCUGUCCUCUGCUGUCACCCUCCUGGUGUCACUGUCCCGGCGUCACUCUCGUGGUACAGAGCAGCAGCUCUUAGAUGGCCAAUCCGGACCCCUAUCUGCGGCAGCCCUGGCUCACAGUGCACGGCAUCCCCAUGGUCAAUGCUUUUGCUCACAACUGGGAACGGGUUGACACCUUCCAGAGCCAACCCGAGGACAUCGUGGUGGUCACCUACCCCAAAUCUGGCACCACCUGGGUCAGCGAGAUUGUGGAUAUGAUCCUGCAAGGCGGAAAUCCUGAGAAGUGCAAACGGGACAUUAUCAGCAAGAGAGUGCCCAUGCUGGAGUUCUCUGCCCCUGGGAAGUUGGCAGCAGGAACAGACCUGCUGGCCACCAUGCCCUCACCCCGUGUGGUGAAGACACACCUGCCAGCACAUAUCCUGCCCAAAUCCUUCUGGGUAAACCGUUGCAAGAUGAUCUAUGUGGGGCGCAACGCCAAGGACGUGGCUGUCUCCUACUACCACUUUGAUUUGAUGAACAAGUUGCUGCCGCACCCUGGGACAUGGGCCCAGUAUCUGGAGGAGUUCAUGGCUGGCAGAGUGGGUGCAGUGAUGGCCGCGGUGCCCUCUGGUGCUAUCACUGCUGCUCCUUGGGCAGGAAUGACGCCUGGUGACCAGGCUGCCCUGGCCAUUGUCACCUGCCCGGUCUUUGCCUAG